AAGUCUUUGGUAGAAGUUUUUUGCACCACUUUAUAUUGUUACAAUGUUUCCCUACAACCAUGAAAUCUCUUAAAAGUUCAGAAUUAUAAACCCUAUAUAUAGCCCCUGGAUGGGACCGUUUCCUCUCCUGAAACUACCUAAAAACUCCUUUGUAACCUGUAAUCGACAAUUGUGAAUAAAUCUUCUCUUGUUUUUCAUGUGGGGUAGAAUUGCAGGUGGGGGUUUUCGUGGUUGUAUUUCAUCCCCCAGUAAUAACUUUAAACUCUUUAUAAAAUUUAACCUAUUCUCUACCGCAUCCAUGUCAAUGCACGCAGAAGCAGAGGACCUCCAUUCCGCCAAGAGAAGCAAGUUGAAUAAUAAUGAUAAUACCAAGAAGGUUGGGACGCACAAUGGCUCCUUCCAUUGUGACGAAGCGCUGGCCUGCUAUAUGAUUCGCCUCACUAACAAGUUUAGAGAUGCCCACAUUGUACGCACUCGAGAUUCCAAGGUAUUGGAUACUUUAGAUGCAGUAUUGGAUGUGGGUGGUGUUUAUGACCCAGAGAAGGACUGCUAUGAUCACCAUCAGAAGGGGUUUGAUCAUGAUUUUGGACAUGGCUUUAAAACAAAAUUGAGUUCUGCAGGCCUUGUUUACAAGCACUAUGGAAGGGAAAUAGUAGCCAAAGAACUUGGGUUGAAUCCAGAUCAUUCGGAUGUUGAGAGUGUUUAUAUUGCUUUAUACAAAGGUUUUAUGGAGGAAAUUGACGCUGUUGACAAUGGCAUCAAUCAGUAUGAUACUGAAAAGCCAGCUAGGUAUAUCAGGAAUACACAUUUGUCAGCAAGGAUUUCACGUAUUAACCCUGAUUGGAUGGAGGAAAAUACAGCUGAUAAAGAGGACCACCUUUUUCAUUGUGCUAUGAUGGUUGCUGGUAAAGACUUCGAAGAGAUGUUGCACCAUUAUGCCAAAUCUUGGUUACCUGGACGCUCAAUUGUUGCAGACUGCAUUAAGUUGCGGAACAACAUUGAUCCAAGUGGAGAGAUAAUGUUACUAAAGAGAUAUUGUCCAUGGAAAGAGCAUAUUUUUCAGCUUGAGCAGGAAUUGAAUGUGGAUCCAUUACUUAAGUAUGUCUUAUAUCAGGAUGAUAGAAGUUUGGCUUGGAGGGUACAGGCUGUUGCAGUUGCACCAGGUCAAUUUGAUAGUCGAAAACCCCUGCCAUUAGGAUGGCGAGGACUUAGAGAUGAUGAGCUUACAGAGGUAGCUGGCAUUGAUGGUUGUGUGUUUGUUCACAGUAGUGGAUUUAUUGGUGGCAACAAGACAAUGGACGGGGCAUUGGAAAUGGCUAGGAAAUCUUUAAGAAUACAAUGAUAUUGGCAAGUCUUUUUCAGUUCAAUUUGAGAAAUAUCCUUGAAGGUGUAUCCAUUUCCCAAAGUAACAGAUUGAAAUGAUUUUUUUAUCACCCAUUUCAUAAAGGUGGUGAUAAUUCAUUUUUGCUCCUGCUAUCCACAACGAAUCAAAGCUUGCAAUGAUAGUGAAGGAGUUCUCCACAAUAUUGAUCAUUUUCUUAUUGAAGCUCACAAGAGAGUUCAUUACCAUAUUGUUAUUCAGACAUUUAUCUGGUCAGGCUUAAAUGGUGGCAAGUGAAUACUUCCUUGGCUAAUCUUUAUUUUCCCAACUACUUGGCAUGCAAUAAGGCAUGUUUGUAUUUGUUCUGAUAGAUAACAAACGGAUUAUAAUUUGUGAUUUCCAAAUAUGCAUUCUUGGGAAAGGAUGCUGGUACCUUAAGAUUCCAUUUCUUGAUCAUAAGGUAAAAUUCAACAAAAUAUCGCAUAUGAUGCUAAAUUAAUAAAAUUAAAAUUUCAACAAAAUA